CGCCGCCGGGGCUCAGUCCGGGCUCCGUCGUGGUCGGGUGCUGUGCUCUCUGUCUCUCUGAUUUUCUCCUCAUAAUUCUCCUCGCACUGAUCAAUAUGGCCGAUAGCCGUUUCGCCGAGGUGCAGCAGGCUGCUCCUAUUGAGGUGUUCGCCGUGAGUAAGGCCUUCACGGACAGCACUCACCCCAAGAAGGUCAACCUUAGUGUGGGAGCCUAUCGUACAGAUGAAGCGAAGCCGUGGGUGUUGCCGGUAGUUAGGAAGGUGGAAGUAGAACUAGCAGCGGACAAUUCUCUUACUCAUGAAUAUUUUCCAAUUUUGGGCCUGGAUGUCUUCUCCGCUGCUGCGGCAAGAAUGCUUCUAGGUGCAUCUCAUCCAGCUAUUACUGAGGGAAGGGUGACAUGGGUGCAAACCUUGUCUGGAACAGGUGGUCUUCGUGUUGCAGCAGAUUUCACGGGCCAUGUCCUGAAGUACAACACUGUUUACUAUUCUUCACCAACUUGGGGCAACCACCGUCUAAUUUUCCAACAAGCUGGGUUUACGGAGCUCCGUCAGUAUCGGUACUGGGAUGCAGCUACACGUGGCCUUGAUAUUGAUGGUAUGAUUGAAGACCUUUCUAAAGCUCCAGAGAACUCGGUUAUUAUCCUCCAUACCUGUGCUCAUAACCCAACUGGUGUUGACCCUACACAUGAUCAGUGGAAGAAGAUAGCAGAUGUGGUUGCAGAGAAGAAACUAUUCCCCUUGUUUGACUCUGCAUACCAGGGCUUUGCUUCAGGAGACCUAGACAACGAUGCAUGGGCAGUUCGUCAUUUUGCUGAGCGUGGUUUUGAGAUGAUGAGCAGCCAGUCCUUCUCAAAGAACUUUGGCUUGUAUAAUGAACGCAUUGGCAACCUUGUAGUUGUGCUUAAAGACCCCGCUUAUAUUACACCCACACGGUCUCAGUUGACACUACUGGUAAGAGGCGCGUACUCAAACCCACCUUGCCAUGGUGCCCGUAUUGUGUCCAAGGUUCUCAAUGACCCUGCACUCUUUGAAGAAUGGAAAGGCUGUAUCAAGACAAUGAGUGGGCGAAUCAUAGAAAUGCGUAAGGGUCUUCGAGAACGGUUAGAAAAGUUGGGUACGCCAGGCACAUGGGACCACAUUACUUCCCAAAUUGGAAUGUUCUCCUUCACAGGACUUAAUGCAAAGCAAUCAAAAUACUUGGGAGACAAGUACCACAUCUUCUUAUUAUCAAGUGGACGGAUUAACAUGUGUGGGCUGACAACAGGGAACAUAGAUUAUGUGGCAGAAGCAAUUAAUGAUGCAGUCUGCAAUGUAUCCUAGAUUACAAAUUGGAGCAGAUAAAGAAUAAGUGGUAUAAAUUUACUGAAGAACCCUGCACAUCUACCAUGUGUUGUAUAGAGCAGUUUAAAAAUAUGAAAAUUCUUAAUGUUUUAAAAGUUUAUGGGUAAGAGUAGACAAAAAUUCAUUCAUAAAGUUGUAUUUUCAUUAAAGAUAAGCACAUGUUUGUACUGUAUUGACUUUGCUUUUAAAAUUCUAACUGGUCCUAAGUGCCACAUUUCAAAACUUCACACCAAUAAUUAAAAUAUGCCAAUUUCAGCUUGAACAUAAGAUUUAAUUGAAGACGCUGUUAUAUAAUUAAAAUUGGUUUCGCUGGUAUAGGUGUGAUGCACCCCAAUAUUAGGAUAUCAGAGCACCUAAAAUGCAGACUAGUCAAUAACAUGCCUGAAAUGUGUCCAAACUGCUUGUGAGAUGGAGACACGACAUUGUUUCGGUUUGUCUUAGACCAUUAUAAAGUUAUGCGAGUGGGAGAGGAAGGAAUUGGCCAAUUAAGAGAGAUAAGGAGCAAGUAAGAGAAGGUAAUUUUUAGAAGGUAAGAGUAAGGUGAAAGGUAAGAACAGGAGGAAGAUAAAAGUGGGUAGGCUAAAGUCGGGUAAUACUUGAUAAUGGUCCAGGAUGGACUGAAACUUCUGUUUCUCCAUCUCGUGUGCUGUUUGGUCGUCAUAUCACCCCACACUUUGCAUUGGUCACUGAUAAGUUGUGUAACUUGUGUACAUUUUAUAUAUAUAUUUAUAAUUUUAAUCAUUAUGCAAAUAUUAUAUUUAAAUAAAUAGAACUGAUUAUGUACACAAACAAAAUACAGCAAAUUAUAAUCCCAUUAAAUGUAUUUUGUAAAUAACACGAUCAUUUUCAUCACAUACAGUUGUAUUUAUUGAAUACUGUUCUUAGUGUUCUAAACAGAAAUGUUCUAACUUCCAUGCAUCACACGGUAUGUUAAGACAUUUUUUCACUUGUGAAUUACAGUAUUGUUGCUAUGGUACUUUAUUAAGCAGGCUUAUGUGAAGGAUAAAGCCUUAUGGAAAGACAAAAUUAGACAAUGUGAAUAUACCGGUGCCUAUAGUGGCCAUUUGAUGUGCUAUCUUAUGGCAAUAGUAGUUAAGGGUAGUGCAUGUAAAUACUGUAUUUUAGACAGACAUUAAAUAUGCAAAGAAAA